AUGGCAGCCUCUGACGAACCUAUCGAUUUCGAUAUCAUCGAGGCACAAAAGGAGAACGUCCAAUCACUCCCCGGUGGCAGGUCAGCCAGAGAACUUGCCCGAAUUUUUUCGGCCGGCAGCAGCAGCGACAAGAUUCCUGCACCAUCACCAAAUGGGACCAGGACUAUCAAUGAUGCUGUACGUCAAGAAUUCGAGAGUGAAUUGCAAUCAAUAGCAGAAUCAGACGAUCCGCUCGAUGUUUACGACCGUUAUGUCAAAUGGACCCUGAACGCCUACCCUUCCGCACAAGCAACACCGGAGUCCGGUCUCCUGCCCCUGUUGGAGAGGGCAACAAAAUCGUUCCUUUCAUCAACGCAUUACAGAAAUGACCCACGAUAUCUGCGUCUAUGGCUUCAUUAUGUUCGACUUUUCUCUGAUGCCCCGCGCGAAACAUUUGCAUUCCUUGCCCGUCAUCAAAUUGGAGAAGCUCUGGCCCUUUUCUACGAGGAAUUUGCCGGAUGGUUGGAGGGUGCUGGGCGGUGGUCACAAGCCGAUGAGGUAUACAGGCUCGGCAUGGACCGCGAAGCACGGCCAGUCGAGAGGUUGGCACGGAAAUACAGCGAGUUCCAACACCGAUAUGAUCAACACUCACGGGAUACCGGCCCCUCGUCGCCCGCUUUGCCGACUGUUCGCCCUGCGCUGGCCGCCAAGAUGAAUCCGUUCGCACCACCAGACGCUUCUGCUGAUCCACAAUCUUCACGCCCCUCGCCUCCCACCGGCGGUGCUGCUAAGACCAAGUCCGGAAAGCCGAAAAUGGCCAUUUUCUCCGACGCCGACGCAGCUGCGCCGGGCCCGGCAACCGGUGGAGCGACAAAGGGAUGGGAAAGCAUUGGGUCGAUUCGGGACCGCAAGAAGGAGAAUGAAGUGGAGGCAAAGCCAUGGGCGGGAGAGACCUUGAAGGUUGGGAAGAAAGCCGCACCAGCGCAAAAGAUGACUAUUUUCAGGGACGAGUCCAAUGCAGAUCUUCCUUCCAAAGAAUCAAUCCAAUCCAAGCGAGAGCUGCCCCAACACCACGUAAGGGAAGCGGUCAAUCCGCGGACUGGCCGACGAGAACGUGUAUUCGUUGAUCUGGAAUCUGUAUACCCCGACCGCACGAACCCUGCACAUGAGAUGAGCUUCGAGGAGCUCAGGGCUAUCAAGCGUGGAUGGAUGGGCAAGAAUUGGCGGAAACAAAAAGCGCCUUUGCAACCGAUCUCAGGCAAGAUUUCUGGAAACACAGGUAAUGCCGAGUCUCUGUCAGGAAUCUACCACUCAUCAAAGGAUUUGCCUGAGCAUCUUGGCCAAACCCUCAACGCAGCUGCUCAGACACAAUCUCACCAUGAAGUCGAAGGCCAUUCAUACAGACCAGGCAAAGCGAGUCGUACCAAGGUCAAAGGGGAAACGACGCAAACACAAACAGUCAAGAUGAACUUUGACUCUCCGUCUAAUAAUAAGAAGGUCCGGCGCAAGAGUACACGGGAACCAACGAUGACUAUGCACACUCGUGCAGCGACGGAUGAGAUCUAUAGCAUUUUCAACCAACCAUUGAAGGCAGAGACUGAAGCAGACGGUGAUAGCUUUUGUGGUAGCGAUUACGAAGAUGAUGAUUGCGCGAGUACUGGAGAUAGUACAGGUACAGGACACAUCUCGGCGGCUUCGAGCGACUUUGGAGACGAGGAAACUCAAACGUUCCACAAAUCCUACGAUGACACUGACUACGCCAACACCACACGAGCUGAGAGUAUUGAGGGCGAUGGAAGCGAUUGGACAGAGUUCAACCCCGAUCGCGAUAUUCCUGAAAUCGAGCAUUCCGAAGUCACGUCUCAAUCCGUCGUCAGCGAUGGAGCGGCAGCUAGCUCAACACAAGGGACACCGGAUAGGAAAGGCUUCGUACCAGAGAUGCCCGAAGACUAUGCCCCUCCUUGGGGUCCCUACCGUGACCCUGCAGUCAUGGCCCAAAACCGCCUUCCCUUCAUGACACCCAUUGUGGAGCGAACGGAAUCCUCAAUUUCUUUGACCGCCGCUCGAAACAGCAUCUAUAACGCAAAGACGCCCUCUAAGCCUCGAUCGCCGGCUAAUGAUCUUUUGCUUUGUAGUCCACUGGGAACUGACACGCCAUAUGAGGGAGACCACACUGUUACAUCCACGGCUGAUGUCCCAUUCAGUCCUACGGCCUUCAAGGCGCUUGCGCCUAAGCUCCGGAGACGGGAUGCAGUUAUUAGGAAUGCGCAAUGCAAUCCCACUGACAAGGGCAUUCGCAAUACGAUUCUCAAUUCUCUGGAACCGCCACUUGCGACAUACACGGGCUAUCAUGGCCAUGUCGAAGAUAGCAACUAUGCGUCGAUGAUCCAAAAGUUUGUCAAGACUAACACCAGACGAUCAAAGGGCGCCAUGGAUGACACGCCUAUCCUGGAAUUUCCAGGAGCGGAAAGAAGCUACAUUAUUCGCCGUGAGCUUGGAGCUGGCGCAUAUGCCCCGGUCUAUCUCGCCGAGAGUGUUGACAGUCUCGAGUUCUACAACUCCGACUCCGACAACAGCGGAACACCUCGUGGCAUAGGUUCCCAAUCGAGACAGCCAAAUGCUUAUGAAACACCCCGGUUGCCCUUCGAAGCGCUCAAGGUGGAAAAUGGACCAUCCAGUGCAUGGGAGUUCUACAUGAUUCGCACAGCAUACAGUCGUCUGCGGCAAUCUCCGGACCAUUCUCGUGCCACUGACAGUAUCGUUCGCGCACAUGAACUGCAUGUCCAUAAACGUGAAAGCUUCCUAGUCGAGGACUACCGAGGACAAGGCACCCUGCUUGAUCUCGUUAACAUUGUCCGCAACGAGGCGAUCAAUCCUACUCACACCUCCGAGGGUGGUCUAGAGGAAGUCCUAGCAAUGUUCUUCGCCGUCGAGCUAUUCCGCACCGUCGAAGCACUCCAUGCCAACGGGGUCCUCCACGGUGACAUCAAAGCCGACAACUGCCUGGUCCGCUUGGACGACUCCAAUCCCCACGAACCACCCUCGAAAGCCCUUUCUCUCCUUGACCUCGGUGCCGAUGACAUCGCCUUCGAUCACCGUGAAAGCGUCCACUACUCCCCAAGCGGAUCCCACGGCUGGCGACAAAAGGGUCUGGCUCUGAUUGACUUUGGCCGCGGCAUAGACAUGCAAGCCUUCUCGCCAACUGUGCAAUUCAUCGCCGACUGGGAGACCGGUGCCCACGAGUGCAACGAGAUCCGCGAAAUGCGCCCCUGGACCCACCAGAUCGACCUUUACGGUAUGGCUGGCGUCAUCCACGUUUUGUUAUUCGGCAAGUACAUCGAAUCCACUGUCGUCGACGGCGGUAACGCAUCAACCCGUACCUACCGUCUCCGCGAGUCUUUGAAGCGAUACUGGGAUCGGGAACUCUGGGCUGGUGUUUUCGAUCUCUUGCUCAACCCCGGUGCCGAGCGUUGGCAACAAAUUGAGCGCGAAAACAGAGUGGAUUCGGCUCUCUCGUCGGCGCCUAUUCUGCCUGUUUUGCAUUCCAUGCGUCAUGUUCGUCGCGGCAUGGAGGAAUGGCUUCUUGCCCAUGCUGAGAAGAAGGGACUUGCUCUUCAAAUUCGGAAGAUCGAGGCUCUGCUCAUGGAGCGGAAGAAGAAGUUGGAGAGGUGA